UAGUGUAUUGCUGCAAAAAUUUUUCAAUACCUGGAUGAUGAGGAUGUCUUAACCUUAGGGAAACUGUGGUAACUGUGGUGCUUUAAAAUUAUUACGAUAGGAAGUAAUUUCAUAGAUUUUAAAAACUCUUAAGAAAGGUAGUUUUAUUUGCCAUCACCUACUUCAGCCUUUUACUUUGUUACCGGUUAGGCUUUACUACAAUUGUGAUUAUCUUGUUUUGUACUUUUAUUCGAAGUAAAUUGUUAUUGUUGUUUUUCUCUUUUUCUGUUUACGUAAACUUUUAUAAGUUUGAAAGUUAGUUUUCAAGGAAGGAAAAGUUAUCCUCUGAGUUCGACCUAAAACUUGGAGCGUGGUGAGAGAUUGAGGGAAAAUUUAAACAGUUCGUGAAACGGUUUAUCUAAAGCAUUGCUUACUCUGUAUAUUCAAGUUUGCUUGGUAUAUUUUACCGUUUGGUGAACUUUUUUUAAAGUCAUCAAGAAAUUAUGUUCGUAUCUAUAGUAGAGCACCAAGUGCAGAAAAAGAAAAAGCAAAAACAAAGGUCCAUCGUUGAUCCAGCUACUCGUGAAAGACAAUUAAGACGAAACUUGGCUGAAUUGGAUAAAGAUAACUAUUCGGAUAUUCGAUUUGAAGUGCCGAGAGAAUUGUUGCAACGCAGAUUUAUGCCCAUUAGCAUUCGUCGCAUCCUGUCUUCAAGGAAAACGUUUGCCAACUACCUCGACGAAACUCCAAACUCCAAGUAUUCGACGUGUGUUGCUCAACCUUCUCCCAAGCCAGCUCGCAGGUUCUGCAACGUGUGUGGAUAUUGGGGCCUGUACGCAUGUCAAAAUUGUGGUACAUGUUAUUGUUCAAAAGACUGUGAAACGAUUCAUAGUGAAACUCGGUGCAUGAAGGUUUAUGCCUAAGCUAUUUGUCUACGAAAAUCAAAGACAGUACUCCCCAUAUUGAAUCUGGGAGACCCGUUAGAAAGGAAAUUUUGUUCCUUAAUGUAUAUUAGUUUGGUAUUUUACUUAUGAUCGUAUUCCAUUGCAAUCCUACUUUGCAAAAGAUUACGACUUGACUUGGAUGAUUUUUAAUAAUGUAGCCUAAAUGUAUGUUUGUCUUCAUGGAAAAAGGAUAAAUAAAUAAACAAGAAUAAAAUUUUUGAUAGCAAAAAAAAAAAAAAUUACCAG